AUGCCUCACGUCGACAUCUUGUUCAACCAGUUGCAGAAGAGAAAAACUGAACUAGCGCAAGUUAAAACGGCUACCGAUAAUUUUGAAAAAUGUAUUGUCGAUGUGAGAAAUAAAAUUGUCGACAUAAUAAAUGAAGCCAAAACUAUUUGCACUAAACCCCAAGGCAACAAAAGGAGACGACGUAAUAAUAGUCACGAUCACCGAGUUGCCGCAUUAGAAGUAUGCGACAAUAUAGUGAAUUUUGCAAAUGACAGAUUUCAAUUCAAAGAUUAUUUGGUAGCCGCAUCCCUUUUUGUCCCCGAACACUUUGGAGGAUACUGUGGUGCUGUUGUGGCAGGUUGCCCACAAAAAAGCGUUCAUUACCCUCCAACAGCCUGUGCUGAAGAAGAAACAAUCACCGAAGAAGCAUCUGGAAGUUCAGGACCAGUACCACAAUGAAAGCCGGACCCCGUAAGGAGCCU